AUGGCGGGAAAAGACAAGGCAAACUCUCAAUCUCAAUCUCAAGCACACUUCCUGACGGAAGAUAUUCUUAUUAACAUUCUCCUCAGACUGCCAAUCGCUUCAUGCAUCUUCCGAUUCCGCUGCGUCUGCAGAUCCUGGCGGAUUCUCCUCUCAGAUCCCCAAUUCAUCCGCAAAAUCCUCUUCUUCCGAAACCCCGCCGACCAACGAUCCCUCCAAAUCCUCAUCGCCGGCGGAGAUCUCGACCCAGCCAGCCUCAUCUCAAAAUUCCACUACUCCUUGCACUCCUACGACACCCUCCGCCCCAUUUCCGCCGCCAGCGCUGUGGGUCGAGAAUUACCCUUCAUCCCGGACAAGAUUCGCGAUCCUUUGUCCCGUUUGACCGUCGUCGGUUGCUGCGACGGCAUAUUCUGCAUCUCCGAUGAGAAUGAGCGGAGCCCCUCCGAAAUCAUUCUGUGGAAUUCGAUGACUUCCGAGACCAAGCUCCUGCCGCGUUCCACUUGCCCUCGCGCUCCCAGCGGCACGAUCAAGGGCUGUGAGUCCAUCGGUCUCGGUUUCGAUCCCCUGACCGGGGACUACAAGGUUGUCAGGACGUUGAAAUAUUCGGGGAAUGAGGAAGCUGAUAGUGAUGAUUACUACGACUUCGGCUAUGUCUGCCCUCCUGCCACUACUUUUAAAGAGGUCUAUAGCUUGAAGAAUGAUUCAUGGAAGAGAUUGACUGAUAAGUCUUGUUCGGUUGGGUGGACGCCUGGAUAUGUUCAUCAAGACACAUCGCGGAACGAGAAGUGCUAUUGGUAUUACUCUAUAGGAGAUGAAAACUUCUACCUUAUUACAUUUGAUGUGAGCAAGGAAGUGUUUAGAAAGGUUACCUUUGCUGCUCCCCCUGGCAAAGAUGGAUGUUUCUCCCAGUCAUGUUUUAUGUUGAAGGAGGCACUGGUGACGACUUUCGAUGAUUUUGGUCCGUUGGAGGUAUGGGGGUUGAUGAAAUAUCAAGGUUCUCAUCAUCGUCGUAGCAAUGAUCAGAAAAGAAAGAAGAAGUAUCGAGCUUCCAAGUCUUGGACUAAGCUAUUCACCUUUCCACGCUAUGAAUGGCACCGCAACUUGGAAGCCUGGAAGGAGGGCAUGUUUAUAUGCUCGCGACGGGUCACUUCUCGUGAUAGUCAUGAUCCUGAAUCGAAAGAUACCGAUGGAGUUUUCGUUUUGGAUCCUGCUACUGGGGGGAUCACCGGCGAUAGCCUUGAAACUCAAGGGAGAACUCAUUCAUUCCAAGCCCACACUUACACUCCGACUCAGGUUUCAUUGUCGGUUCUGUCGUAA